AUGGAGACAAAAGAUCUUUCUGUUGGCUCCGCUGCCUGCACUCAAUUCCGUAUCUUGGGCGGACUGGUUGGCCUCGCGAUCGUCGUUUCCAUCUCGACGCCUUACAUUCGCCAGCACUUGACCGAUAUAGUCUCGCCUGAAAUCGCAAUGAUGCUUCUAGAGAAGACCGAGACAAUCAAGGAAUUGCCUUUGGACACAGCCGACAAAGUGCGGACGCUAUUUGGUAAAGGUUACAAUCUUCAAAUCACGAUUUUGAUCGGGUUUGCUGCCGCAAAGAUUCCUGUUACCGCUUUGAUGUGGACGAACCAAAAGUCAGAUGUUUGA